AUCUGAAGCCGUCUUUUAGUGGUGAAGCUCCAGCGUGAGGCCACGUUCAACCUGCCGCUGUGAGGCCGGGCGAUCGGGAAACAAGCCCAACACUUCCCCCUCACAUGUCUGGAGCCCAGUGAUUUCAUCAGAACAUUUAGUUAAACACGAGUGAAUUAAAGAAGGAAGAGGAGACUCCGGUUCGGCUUCGGGUUUCCCGCCGGCUGCCAGCUGAACAUCUAGAUCGUCAGAGACCCGCGGAGAAGCAGCAAGUGUUGGACUCUGCGGCCGGCGGCGAUGCUGAGAACACAAGACGCCUUUCAGGGCCUCGACACUCGAGACUCUUGGCAGGACUCUGGCUUUGGCCCGGAGUCGACUCUGAAAGAAGUCUUAAUGACACCUUAACCUCUGACAUCCGCCCAAACCGUUUCCUCCAACGUAAUUAAAACUUCAGAAGACGGGCAUGGACGUACGGUGAACAGCGAUGCUUUAGGAGGUCAGAGGUCGUGUUUGUUCCUGGGCUAUGUGCACCCUGCUCAUGUUUCCUUCAUUUAAAGCUGAGGCGCACUGGGCCCAGAAUCCCACCGGGCGGAUCCGGUUUCGUCCAAAAAGAGACUUCAUUGUGCACGGCGAUGAUAUUUAUCACCGAGGAAAAAAACAACAGUGUGCCUCUUGUAAAGCCCCGGGCGCGCUCUAUCUCCCUGUAAUCAGGUGCACCUGAUUAAGGUAGGGAUGAUACGGCAGCCGGGGUCUGAGGCGCGGGGGGGCGGCGCUACGGCGCCCCACCUCGUGGCACGGACCCCGCCAGAGGCAGCCGGGACGCGAGGGAAGAGGGACCUUCUCGUGCAUCGCAGCGGCCAGCGGCUCGGAGACGAUGGUGUUCCUGACCACGAGGAUGAUGCAGAGGACCGCCCUGUUCGUGACCUUCGGGGGGCUGGUGACCUCGCUGAUCACGGCCUUCAUCCCGCUGUGGAAGACCAUGAACUCGGAGCUCAACGAGGUGGAGAACUACUACUCGGGCCUGUGGCACAUGUGCGUCUUCACGGAGGAGGUGGGCGUGCAGUGCAAGGCCUACGAGUCGACCCUGGGGCUGCCCGGGGACCUGCAGGCGGCCCGGGUGCUCAUGCUGGCCUCCCUGGCGACGGGGGCCCUGGCCGUGGCCGUGGCCCUCCUGGCCAUGGAGGGGGUGGAGGUGUGCCGGGGGCGGCCGGGGCUGCGGCGGGGGCUGCUGCUGCUCAGCGGGGGGCUCAGCUGGCUGUCGGGGCUGGCCACCCUGGCCCCCGUGUCCAUCGUGGCCUACAGCACGGUGGUGGAGUUCUGGGACGACAACCUGCCCGACGUGGUGCCGCGCUGGGAGUUCGGCGAGGCCAUGUUCUCCGGCUGGUUCGGGGGUCUGGCGCUGAUCAUCGGGGGGACCCUCUUCUUCGUGGGGGUGUGCAUGGCGGACUUUGAGUCCCGAACCCCUAGCCCCCCCAGCAGCCCCCAGGUGAGCCGCAGGGCGAAGCACUACCUGAAGACGGAGGUCCUAUGAGAGGAAAGGAGAGCCGUCCUCAUCCCGACGCUCCGUAAACACCUGACUGGAGACGGGAACACUUUCCCGUUUGGGAACUGAGGAACGGGACGAGGAGAGACACGUCUUUUGGUCACACGUGAUUUUGCUGGAUUUGUAGCUUGUUAAAUGUUUGUUAACCUUUCAGACCACUGAGGUCGUGCAGAUCUGCCCAACCUCUUUCAGUAUAAGAAUAGGGAGGCUGUUGAAAGAUGCUUUCGCAGGUUUGUUGAGCAUGAAUAAUUGGUAGCAAGUUUCUGCAUUUCAUGUGAACUAUGAGACUGAUGGUUUCUUAGGGUUGGUCGUGGUCCAACAAUCAUAUCUCAGUCGUUGUUGUGCUUAUUCCCGCAUAAAGAACCAGAUUGUAAACUAUUUUGCUCCAUUCCAUCGUAAACUAAAAUGCAUCAAAUGGAAUAAAUGAUCAAAAUUUGCUCUAAAAUAAAACCUCCAUGAACCUA